UAGGGCCUCUCCCCGGGGAGACACUGAGCGCGUGGGUGUCUCCUUUGUGUGGGGCGUGGGCAGCAGCUCUGGAGGAGACAGUUGGGGGGGAGUUGUGGGGCUUGCCGUUUGCUGCUCGUUGCAUGCGCUGCAUCUGCUGCAGUGCUGCUCUCCCCUCCUCUCUCUCCCUAGGCCGCCAGCAGCUGCUGCUCUCUCUCGCCUUUGCUGCUGCAGUCUCGGUGGGGCCCCCCCCGUCCCCUCAGCCUCUUGGGGGCCCCCGGGGCCCCCCAACAACUCACCAGCAACCCCGCCCCUUGAGGUGUAUAGACACCCCCGGCAGCGUUGCUCUGCAGCAGCAGCAGCAGCAGCAGCGGCAGCAGAAGCAGCAGCAGCAGCAGCGGCAGCAGAAGCAGCAGCAGCAGCAGCAGCAGCAGCGGCAGCAGCAGCAGCAGCGGACUGGUGCUGUGGGGCGUGUGGGGUUGUAUGGUGGUGGUGUUGUGUUUAGGGAGUUGCUUUUGGAGGCGAUCCCAGCAACAGAAGUUUGCUGCGUUGGCUUUGCUGCUGCUGCUGCUGCGCUGCGGUGUCUCUGCUCGCAGCAGCAGCUGCAGCUGCAGCAGCAGCUGCAGCUGCAGCACCCGCUGCUGUCUCCUGUCUCCUCGAGAGGAGACACUUUGUUUUGGGGGGGAAAAGAGAGAGGCAGCAGCUUUGCUGCUCCACCACCUGCUGCUGCUGCUGCUGCUGCUGCUGUUGCUGCUGCUGCUGCAGGUGCAGAUGCAGAUGCAGCAGCAGCAGCAGCAGCUGCUGCUGCUGCUGCACCCUUGGUACACCCCGCGCUGCAACAGCUCCGCCACCGCUACGCAGCAGCACCCGGGGGACUCCCCUUGAGCACCUCGGAGACAGCUACUGCUGCUGCUGCUGCUGCAGCGAUUCUAUUGGGGCCUCGCGCAGAGGAGACAGUGGAGGGGCCCCCCUGCGAUUCUAUUGGGGCCUCGCGCAGAGGAGACAGUGGAGGGGCCCCCCUGAGUCUGCUGCUGCUGCUCGCAUGGACAGGCAUCCCCCUGCCCCGCAGAUUCCCUCAUACUCAGAGACGCUACAUGGCAGCAGCAGCAGCAGCAACAGCAGCAGCAGCAGCUGCUGCUGCUGCUGCUGCUGCAGCGAUUCUAUUGGGGCCUCGCGCAGAGGAGACAGUGGAGGGGCCCCGCUGCUGCUGCUGCUGCUGCAGCGAUUCUAUUGGGGCCUCGCGCAGAGGAGACAGUGGAGGGGCCCCCCUGAGUCUGCAGCUGCCUCCGCUGCUGUCUUGGGGGCCCCCUUCUGUGCUGUCUCCUUCUCUCUCUCUGUCUCCUUCUUCUCUCUUUCUGUCUCCUUUUUCUUUUUUUUUGUCUCCGUCUCCUUUGCUGUCUCCUCUUUGCGGCUACCGGUCUGUGGGCAGCGCAGCCCCUCGCCAGGGUGUCUCCUCUGGCUCGGAGACAGCAGCAAUCUGCUGCAGCAGCAGCAUCAGCAACAGCAGCAGCAGCAGCAGCAGCAGCAGCAGCAGAGAUAGCCGAUGCACCCCACUACCCAGUGCAGGCAGCUGUCUCCGCCCUGAAAGAAGAGACAGCAGAAAGGAGACAGAAGGAGACAGCAGAAAGGAGACAGAAGGAGACAGCAGAAAGGAGACAGAGGGAUGGGGGGGCCCCCAGCUGUCUCCUUUGUGGCUGGGGGGGCCCCAACCCCUCUACAUAAACACCUCCGCUUGCUGCUGCGUCUCCGGCUCUGUAGAAGCUGUGCUGGCGCUGCAUGUCUCCUCUGUCUGUCGCCGCUGCUUGACUGCCUGCAGCAGCAGCAGCAGCAGCAGCAGCAGCAGCAGCAGCGGCAGCAGCAGUAGUAGUAGUUGCAGCUGUGGGGCGGUACAGCAGGAAGAAAACAGCAGCAGCAGCAGCAGCAGCAGCAGCAGCAGCAGCAGCAGCAGCAGCAGCAGCAAGCUGCGGGGGCUGCAGCUGGGCCUGCUGGUGGCUCUGGAAGCAGCAGACACGGGGCGGGUGCUGCUGCUGCUGCUGCAGAAUGCAGCAGCACUAACGCUGCUGCGGCAUCUCAACUGUCUCCUUUCUGUCUCCGAUGCAGAGACAGUUGACAGUCUUGCUGCUGCGCUGCUGCAUGCACAUGCAUACAAACAGCAGCAACAGCAACAGCAGCAGCAGCGGCAGCAGCGGCAGCACAAGCAGCAGCACGAGAAAGAUCUGCUCAGCAGCAGCAGCAGCAGCAGCAGCAGCAGCAGCAACGCGGGAGAGCUGCUGUUUGGGGCUUUGUGCUGCAGUGCAUGCAAUGCAGCAGCAGAGUGUCUCCUCAGCUGCAGCAACAAAAAAGAAACAAAAAAAAACAAAAAAAAAAUAAAAGUAGAAGGGCUCAUCCGUCCCGUGCGUCUCCGUGAGCGUGACGCUCGCUGUGCUGCAACUGCUGCUGCUGCUGCUGCUGCAGCAGCAACAGCAGCAGCAGCAGGCCGCAUGCAGCAGCAGCAGCAGCAGCAGCAGCAGCAGCAGCAGACAGUCUGUCUCCCCGUCCUCUUUGCUGUUGACUGGCAGCCAAUCACUGCAGCAGAGGCAUUCCGCACCAUCUGCAGCGAGCACAGAGACUUGCUGCUGCAGCAGCAGCAGCAGCAGCAGCAGCGGCAGCAGCAGCAGCAGCAGCAGCAGCAGCAGCAGUAG